CAGACUAACUCCUUUUCCAAAUGCACUACUUGUAUGACACUGGAAAGACAGCUUGAAAAGACUACAUGUGUCGAGACAAGAACCAGAUUCAGACAACUGAAGGAAGAACACAAUGAGAGACAAAUGAUGGAACGGAAGUACUAUUAUGGUAAAAGAGAGGCUAGCAGAAAAAACCCAGCAAGUUUUCUGUCCUUGAUAGUGGAUGGCAUGGACCAGUCCAAGACAAAUUUACCACACUUCACUGGGCGUAAACCUAAGAGUAUAAAUGGUGCAGAUCUUCUAAAGACCCAUAUAACUGGAGUCAUCAACCACGGCCAUGGUGGUUUUCAUACUUAUGUUGAUGUUAACGAGUACCCACAUGACCCAAACCUUACCAUUAAUAUCAUACUGAAGACCCUUAAGAGAACUGCACAAAUGCAUGAAAACACUCUACCUCCAGUAUGCUAUAUCCAAGCAGAUAACUGCGCUCGUGAGAAUAAAAACAGAUAUGUUUUAGCUUUCUGUGAGCUGUUGGUAGCAGAAAAAAUAUUUAAUGAGGUUCAUCUGUCUUUCUUAUAUGUUGGACAUACACAUGAAGAUGUCGAUGCAGCGUUCAGUAAAAUUUCGGAGAAACUAAGAACUACAGAUGCAGAGACAUUGGAUGACCUAAUUGCACUGCUUCCAAAACCUGAGGAAAUUCUACACAUGUUUGAUGUGAAGAACUGGCUAGCUCCUCAUAUUGCUGAUAUUGAAAAACAUUCAGAGCCGUUACACUUAAAUUUGUAAAGAAAAAUGAAGAAGUUCAAGUGUUUUUUAAAGGACAAAAUAUUGAUCCAUGGUGUGAACUUAAUGGGAAUAUUCUUACUUCAAUUCCAAAUGGACAGCUCACAACAAUAAAACCAGAUUAUAGCCAUAUCAAUAUUGAAAGACAAUCAAAACAAAUAGAAUGUUUACAUUCAUUGUUUAGGAAACAGGGAACAAUAUCAAAGUGGGAGAGGUUUUUUAACGUUCUGCAAACAACUGGAAGAAUUUCCGCAGCAAAUCAACCUUGGUUUCUAGACUGUUUACCAAGGCAGUCACAAAAUGUCAACUUCGAAGAUGUAAUUCCCCCAGAAGUUAGAGAACUAAUUCUAAAGGAAACGAAAGUUCCCAAGUUUAGAAUACGAAAAAGGCAGAGCAAGAAUAAAGAGGCACGGCAGACAACAAAGAAAACAAACAAGGCAAUUCAAAGACCAAAACAACAUAAAUCACUUGUCCAAACUUCCACAACAUUUUUGAUUAUUCCACUCAGAUGAUAUUAAGAAGCAUGUUUGGCUCAUGAUUUUUAUGGAUCUACUUCAAACGUGUAUUAUGAUGAUCCUUGUGUGUCUUAUUAUUUUGAGAUUGUUUAGACUUCUUUGUUUGUUGGAAGUACGUUAUGAACUGAAUUUCUUGUUUUCAUGUUUGAUUUCUGUUCAUGUUGGGUCAACUGCAUCCUAUGCUCAUCAGGAAUUAUUGAAUAAUGUGGUAAAUUGUGAAUGUAUCUUAGUCUGUUAACUAUAUCAUUGUGAUUGACAAUUGAGAUUUUAACAUAAAUUUUUUUUUUGUGACAUUUAAAUUCAGACAUUUACCACAGUAAGUGAAAUGGAUGUUAUUUUAUCAAGUUUCCUUGUUUGUGAAAAGAGAACUCUUUUGAAUGAUUUUGUCAGAAAUUUUACACAUAGUAUAUGCAGAUAAGAACUUUUUAAAUAACUUGUUACAAAUCUAUCUAAAAUGGUAAGAUGCAACUAGCUUCAGCUAGCUUCCUAGCAUCUGGUUUUUGAUCUAAGUAUAUCAAUAUUUAUUGAAUCAUAAUUAUAAAUUGCAAAUAUAUAUACACUACAGUAGUCACAUAUUCUGUAAUGAUUGCUAUAAAAAUAACAUUCACAUGCAUAUCAUGUACUGUGAUUCUUCUGAUUUAAAGCAAAUUCUUCAUAUCAGUUCUGCAGCAUGCAACACAAUAGCUGGAUGAGCAAUAUAGUGAUAUCAUGGCACUUUCUUGUAUUUCAGGUUGUAAUGUUUGUAAUGUUUGACUUGGCUGAUAUUCAUUGUAUAAAAAACAGACAUUUUACAAAUAGUUUCAGUUUAAACUAAGAUAUUCACUGUGACUUCUUAUUGAUAAUUAGCGGUUAAUACUAAAUUGCCUUGCACAAAUAAAUAAUAAAUUUUGGAAAAUUGCC